CCUGCUAGAUAUCUCUGCUUAACAUAUAUUUUAUGCUAUUGUACAGGUUCGUAAAGGCGUACUACCUCGCUUAUUGGAAGAAAUAUUGUCUACUAGAAUUAUGGUGAAGCAAGCGAUGAAGAAGUUGACCCCUUCACAGCAAGUUCUUCACAGGAUAUUUAAUGCAAGACAGCUUGCGUUGAAGCUAAUAGCGAAUGUGACAUAUGGCUAUACAGCUGCUGGAUUUAGUGGACGCAUGCCUUGUGCAGAACUUGCAGAUAGUAUCGUUCAAUGUGGUCGUAGAACACUGGAAAAUGCUAUAUCAUUUGUAAAUGCACAUGAUCAGUGGAAUGCUAAAGUAAUUUAUGGUGACACAGAUAGUAUGUUUGUCCUCCUAAAAGAACGCACUGUUAAAGAAGCAUUUGAAAUUGGGCGUGAGAUUGCCUCUGCAGUAACUGCAAUGAAUCCACAUCCGGUCACAUUGAAGAUGGAGAAGGUCUAUCAUCCCUGCUUCCUCCUUACCAAGAAGCGGUAUGUUGGUUACAGUUAUGAAAACCCUGACCAAGUCAAACCUGUGUUUGAUGCUAAAGGUAUUGAGACAGUCCGCAGAGAUACUUGUGGGGCUGUAGCCAAGACUAUGGAGCAGUCACUGAGGACAUUUUUUGAAGACAAGGGUAUUAAUAAGGUUAAAACGUACUUGCUGCGUCAGUGGGCAAGGAUUUUAUCUGGCAGGGUUUCUCUUCAGGAUUUCGUUUUUGCAAAGGAGGUUCGUUUAGGUACGUACAGUACAAGGUCGUCUUCAUCACUCCCACCUGCAGCAAUCGUGGCAACUAAAGCAAUGAGAGCCGACCCUAGGGCAGAACCACGGUAUGCAGAACGAAUACCUUAUGUUGUAGUCCAUGGUGAACCUGGGUCACGUCUGGUCGAUAUGGUGGUGGACCCCCUUGAUCUUUUGGCGACUGAUUCGCAGUUUAGAUUAAAUGAUACAUAUUACAUUACAAAACAAAUAAUACCAGCUUUGCAGCGCGUGUUUGGACUUGUUGGAGCGGACUUGAGCCAGUGGUUUUCAGACAUGCCUCGACCUGGACAGGACUUUAUUGCUAAACGCCACUCUUAUGCACUGAAUUCACAUCGAACUAGAAUUGAUUAUUACUAUCUCUCGACGCAUUGUUUCUUGUGUGGUGAGUUAGUCCAGGAUUCAGCCCACUUCUGUGGCAAAUGUUCGAAGAAUGAAGCUGCUAUUGCAACAGCUAUCGUUGGAAGAACUUCAAAAUCAGAAAAAGAGAUCCAACACCUUGCUGCUAUUUGUCGGCAUUGUGGAGGUGGGGACUGGCUUUUGGAAAGUGGUGUGAAGUGCACAUCACUGGCUUGCUCGGUUUUCUAUGAGAGGAGGAAAGUUCAGAAAGAACUACACGCUCUUUCUACUGUUGCAACAGACGCAGGUUUAUAUCCAAGAUGCAUGGUUGAGUGGUUUUGAGUUAUUAUCUGAGAUAUCAGAACAUGAAUUAAAAAACAGGUCUCUCUUUACUGCAAUCUUCUGGACGCCUUAAUAUGGUACAUUUGUAUAUUAUCUACGUUUUUGGGUAUAUAUUUGUUGUAUUACUUGUAAGUAGAGGACAGUUUAGAUUUGGAGAUUGUAAGUUUCAAUCAUAGGUCUAUUGUAGCUGUAGAAUCAAUCUCCACUUGAUUAUCCUUUCUCACUGCAAGGUUGUAUAUACGUAAUUACUGAAAAUUCAGAAUUAAAAUGGACGUUACAAACUA